UGCUCACGUUCGCUUUGGCACGGUUAAUGGUUCAUUUUGUACCAAAACCGUUGUUUCUGAGCCACGUAAAAGAGAAACCAUAAAAAAAGGUUCAAAUUUAUCGAAAUUAUUUAAACUAUACAAAUCAAAAUGCGUGCUGUGUUAAUUGUGGUUUUUAUCGCUUUGGUGGCAGUUUGCUCAGCAGAUUUAUACCAACAAUGUUCAAAUGGACGAUCUAUCGAUGAUUUAGAUUCGAAAGUAUCCGUCUCUAGUUGUACAAAAGCUCCAUGUAAAUUAAAAAAAGGAACACAAUCUUUAGUUACGAUGAAAUUUACUCCAGAAAAAGAUUUAAAACGUCUUAGAAACACAGUAUUCGCAAACAUUGCUGGUUUACCUUUUCCAUUUAUUGGUGUUGACAAUACAAAUGCUUGUGGUCAAAUUUUCGAAGCCGAUGGAACGACGAAAGCAGCUUGUCCUUUGAAAGCGGGUGUUGAGUACCAAUAUAAAAAUAAUAUUGAUGUUUUACCUAUUUAUCCAACAGUUAAAGUUGUCGUACAUUGGGGUUUAACUUCCGAAUUUGGGGAUGAAAUUUGUUUCGAAGUACCCGCAAGAAUUACGAAUUAAAUUUUUAUCUUAAAAAUGAAAUCUCACUACUUACAUUCUUAGUUAAUUUAGAUUUAUUCGAUCGUUUAAUUAUUAAGUUAUUUUUUUAAUAAACUUAUUUAUAACUUU